AUGUCAGACCUUUCGAACUUUGUAGUUGUGGGCGCCGGAAAUAUUGGAGGUCAUAUUGUGACAGAGUUGCUGAACAAGGGCAAAAAAGUCAGCAUUCUAUCUCGGGAAGGAAGCGACAAUAGCAAGACGUCGGCUCUGGAGUCCAAGGGAGCCAAGAUCAUCAAGGCCAACUACGAUGACGCUUCGACGUUGAGGAAGGCGUUCGAAUCCGUGUCGGCCGAGGUGGUCAUCUUGGCGCUUGGCGGAGCCGCUCUAGCACCGGGAGGACCUUCGAACAGGCUUGCAGACGCUGCUAAAGCAGCAGGCGUCAAAAUCUUUGUGCCUACAGACUAUGGAAUCGAUCUGGAGCAAUUCAAGGCGGAAGACAUUCAUCCGCUCAUCUCGGGCAAGGAGCCUCUUCAUCGAUACUUGGAAUCCAUCCAACUUCCAUGGACAGCCUUCUCCACGGGCAUCUUUGGCUCUUAUCUGCCCUUGUUCCUUCCCAACUUGCCUUUUACGCAAGGCAUCAAGUUCUCAUCCACCGCAGAGGAAGAUAUCGGUCUGGCCGUCGCUUCUGCCUUUUCAAAUCUGCCUUCCAAACAGCUGCACAACCGAAACAUCAAAAUUUCAAGCUUCGACACCGACUUUAAGCAGAUUGUGGAGCAGGUCGGAUUGAGCGAGGAUAAGGCCAAAGUCGUGCCUUCCGAGAGCUUCUUGGAAUCGAGCAAGGUGCCGGAUCAGAAGGGAUUCUUUGCUUGGCUCGCAUACCAGCUUGGUGGGACCGGAAACGCCUAUCACAAGAAUGACAAUGAGCUCAUUGGCUUCAAGCCUCGUCAUACUAGUCCCGUCGAGUUCUUCCAGGGCAAGUAG